AAAACGCAUACUAUUGGCUAAUAAUAUCUUGAUAAUAUCAGACUUUGUACUCAAACAUGGCGGAGUGGCAAGAGGUUUUGCUAAAUCCGAUGCGAGAAAAACCAAUUUUGUAUGAUAAAAGUCACCCGGAUUAUAAGGACUCGAGGAACAAGAAAAGAAAUCACUGGCAAGAUUUUUUAGAUGAAUUUAAUAAAAUUACGGACUUGGCGUGGGAUAUUGAUACUAUUAUGAAAAAGUGGGCUAAUCUGCGUGAUUCAUUCAUGCAGUACAAAAGGCAGUACGAUCUUCGAAGAGCUAGUGGUGCUGCUGCCACUGAAGAGCCGAAUUGGAAAUGGUGGCGACACUUUGAUUGGUAUUUGGAUUUUAACAGAAAAAGAAGCACGUCAUCUAGUCUACAUAGACGAACAGUUGCGCCUUCUCCAGUCAAUAAUUUGGAUGUAUUAAAUACUCCAACAACCUUUCCUGCGAUUACAUCAGCUCAGUCAUCAAACGAACCAUCUACAUCAUCAUCUCUUGUAAACUCACCCAGUUCACCCUCACCCAUACCUUCACCAUCAGCAUCACCAUCAAUAACAACACCAACUUCAACAGCUCCAACACUUGCACGAAAAACCAAGAAAGCAUGCAAGAGGAAAAGCUCCAUGGAUUAUGAUGAGAUGCUUAAGUCCAUAGACCAGCAAUUGAAUCAUGAGGAAGAUGAUGCCCAUUUUUUCUGUAUGGGAUUGCAACUCGAUUAAGGAAGCUAUCCCACUAUCAAAUGAGCAUUGCCAAGAGACAAAUUGAAGUUGCAGUGUUUAAUGCUGAGUAUUUUACUCCUAGAGAACCAAGCUACUCUAAUUCUUUUUCAUCGCAAUCAACUUCUCUUCAAGUUUUGCCCCAAACAAUGCAACAAAACUUCCUGCCGACCAGCAUUGCUCAACCCACAAACAAUGAUGUACAAAGUGAUUAUCCUUCAAUUAAUUUAUCUUAAGUAUCUGUUGUUAAAGUGAUUUUUAAAAUAUAUAUAUAAUAAUUCAUCAUGUGUUAAGACACAAACAAAAAAA